AAAUUUUGAGGUGAUAAUUCUGACUAACUUGGGUCUUUACAUGCGUCGAAUGGAGAGAUAUCUAAGAAAAAAUUAUUGUCAGAGGAAGCAACGUAAUAGGAUUUUCGACGGAUUGGGACGCUUCCUCAAAAAGGAGUCAAGCAUUAAUUCUGUGCAGGAUGAAGAUGAGGAAACAAUAUCCUUAAACCCUUGGUUUUAUGAAGAUGAAGAGCUUGAAAAUGAAUAUGAGGCUAAACAAAUAUCUCCCUUUACAUUAGCUGCUAUAGUUUUUACUUAUUUGGUAGGUUGA